AUGAAACGGGGAAUUCAUCAGAGGAUGUUCUUUCCAUCAUUGUAUCUUCAUGUACUUGUUGAACUCCAGCUGUUAAAGGCAGAGAACAUUGUGUCAAGAAAAAAGAUUGCAACCCAAGCAGUUGCCCAGAGACUGCACAUGUAUGUAUUUGUAAAAUGGUAUCAUUUUAUGUUUCUAAUAUAAACACUAGGGUACAUGUUUGAAAGGUUUGGUUUUGGGUGGCAGCAGCUCCUAACAUAGACCUAUAUUUUAAAUAAUUAGAUAGGCACAAUGUUGAUAAUUUUAUUUGGUAUGUAUUUUAUUUGGGUGAUUCUACUGUGGUGCUGAUUUUGUGCUGUUAUUCAACACCAUAUAACCCAUGGGAUGGGCAAGCUAAAGCUGGAGUUUUAGGCUCAUUUUGUUGAAAGCCUUCUUAAACUCAGCAAUGAUUAACUUCUGAAUAAGACACAAUCCAAACUGAAGGUAAAUUGAUGAGAACUUCCGGUUAUUAUUUGUGUGAUCCUUGUCUCCCUUUCUUAGACUUGGGGGGAAGGGAAGAAGUCAGACUUGACUAGUGGGUUUUAUCUAUUGCUAAGAAUAUUUUAGAAGCCCUUUGAGAGCCUGUUGGGGCUAUGAAGUGGGAUACAAAUAUUCUAAAUAUGGUAAAGAAAAGAAGUCUCACUGGCUGCAGUGGGAGAUGGAGCAAAUAGCAAACAGAUAAACAUUUCAGGCAGCCCUGCUGGUCCGUUGGGGGAGGGGGAAUCAUCCAAAGGUUUUAUUGGGGCCAAAUAAAAAGCUCCCAAAGAAAUGAGCAAAUGAGCAAGCCUUCCAGUUCAACAACAUUCUUCAUCAGGUUAGAUGCUAAGCAAAGGGAUGAAAAAUGUGCAGAGAAGAAAAAGGAUGUUCCUGGGAGGUUGUAUAGGAACAUCCUUCUCUUCCACUCUUCGAUGAAGAGUUGAACUGGGAAGCUUGCUAAUUUCCUUGGCGACUUUUUUUUAGUCAGUCUCCUAAUGAACAUGCUACUCCCCUACUGCGUUUUCUUUUGAAUCUUGUGUCUGGGGAGGGUUGCUUAAGAGGAAGAGAACUGUCAUCAUCAGGGCCAGAUUUAGGUUUGAUGGUACAGUACUGAAGGUAAUGGGGCCCUUUAUAUGUCCUUUGUCUACAACAAAUUGCCUCUGUUUUUGUUUGUUGAAUACAGCAAUUUAUACAUAACAUAACAAAACACAACACAACACAAAACACUGUUGCUGUUCCCUUUAAUUUUUUUUUGGGGGGGACUCAUCAUUAGCCGGUGUCUAGGGCGGGUGUGUGACGGGGGGAGCGAGGCGAGCGAGCGAGAGAACCUCUCACAGCGCGCGCGCCACCAACCGCCCUGUCUCGCGCCCUCCUGAGUAGAACUCGCGGCCCGUUUGAAAAAGAAAUGGCAGUUGACGCCGCCGGAGGGGAGGGGGGAGCUCGCGCGCGCGCGCCCCCUCCCUGCGACGGCGACGACUCAUUCCUUGGAAGAGCAGCAGCAAGAAGCCAGGAACGUGGGCAGGAGGGAGGAAAAGAGCGGAUGGGGGAGAUGAUGAGGUGCCUGGGUAGCUGAACGUCUUUAGGAAACCAGUGAUUGAGGACGGGCAGCUCGGCCUUCGCCUAGGUGGGUCUCUGAAAGGGAGGCGAAGAACAGUAACAACCACAAGAGCUCGGUUUCCAUAUAUUGGGGCGUCUCCAGAGAGUAGCUUUGCCUCACGCCUUUUUCUGGGGGUGGGAAGUGGGGCGUGACCCAAACAACAACAACCAUCCACAGCUAGAGUCUCCCCCCUCCCCGGGAAGCUCCUUAAACAACAACAACAACAACAACAACAAUAAUAAUUAAUUAUUUUUAUUUAUACCCCGCCCUCCCCAGCCAAGACCGGGCUCAGGGCGGCUAACAACCAAUAACAAAAACAAGUUGAUUAAAAUACAAUUUAAAAGAUUAAGAUACAACAUUAAAACAUUAGGGUGCAAUCUCUUAUGGACAACCUUAUUAUCUCACAUUAAGGGUAUUGCACUUUUAUAUCACCAAGAAGCUCAGGGUGGGAUGCGAGUUCCCUGUUUUUCCUCGCCAUCAUCUCCUCACAGCAACCCUGUGAGAUAGGUUAGGCGGAAGGAGGUUGUGCCUUUCUUUGCCCAACUUUUAGUGGACAUCUGGACAUCUGGUUCCAAGUUCCAGCAUUUCCCUGCCUGCCAGCCAGUUAAUUAAUUAAUGUAAGCUAUUUGUAUCCUCCUUUUCAAUUUAAACUAAACUAAAAGCUGCUAAUGAUGUAGCAGUAUAUAGAUGGAUAGGUAAAUUAUUUUUAAAAAUCAUUGUCAUUUGUGUUAGGGGAGCCUCUUUUAGUGAUGUAAGGAGCCAAGGUAAGAACUCAGAUCUAAGAUUUAUUUGUUUCUAGAAAUCGGUGCGUAGUAAAAAAACCCCCACAGCUUUCAUAGUAUCAAAGUAAUAUAACAUCAGUGGAAGUGAACUCAGACACAAAUGAAACAAUAUACAACACAAACUGAAUAACCUCGGUAGGGACAUUCUACCCUUUAAACAUGUUUUUCUACUUUUAAACAAAUAUCUAAAUAAAAUAUGAAAACGGAAUCAUUUUACACAAAUAUGAAUAAAAUUAUGUAAAAGCUAAGGGUUGGGAAUUCAACAUGAUAUUAUUAUAAUGGUUCAGUCAGUGUAAACAUUCCUGCUUCCAGAUGGAACAAUCUUGUCCUAUGUGCUGCUCUGGGGUCCCUCGGUUUUCUAUUAUUUAUUAUACCUUAUAUAUCUCACCUUUUUCUGAAUCUUCUUAAACAGUUUUUAACUGGGCUUUGAAAAAGGCCACUCUGUCUUUCAAUUUCUGCAAAUCUUUUAACAUAACAAGGUACAGAAGGAACCUAGAAUUUAUACAGGACAUUUUUAUACAGUGGUGCUGUUUUAUAAAUUAAUAUGCUUACCCCAUUCCAAAAGCUAUUCAGCUAGGUCUUGGGACCUAGCAACCCAGCAGAAGGUAGGAUGGUGUAAGUCAGACCCGAUUUUAAACAUUUCUUUUCCCUUAGGUUCAGUCUGGCUCAGCUGGCAGUAGCCCCAUUGCUGAACAUAGUUUUGUUAACGGAGAAAUCUGAGGGCUCCCUUGGACAAAAAAACAAAGACACCAGCCAGGAAUACCAGAGCAAAACAGCAGCCAGUAGGCUUGGUCUUUAUUGAAGUGUGUCGUGACAGGAUUCCCACCUGCCACAAGGUGGAACAAGAUAGAAGCCCCAAACAAAAGAGCCCCCAAACUUUUAUUAGCUGCUAAUCUCCAUGUUACACCCCCCCAAACUACAUCACUCGUACAUCACAGUUACAUCAUGAAAGGGGAAGGCAGUAAUCUGAGCAUCCUGGACCCUGCCCCAUGGUUCACCUUGCCUUCCACCAAACACCCAUCAAGUGUAACAAAAAAGAUAUUUACAUUUCCCUGUUUCCCAGCCAAGUUAAUCACACCCUUUUGUCUUUAUUUCUGGAAUGGCUACCUGUCUGGCACUCAGGUACCAGGAUGCCAGGAAUUAUCACUCAGGCAGAGGGGCUUCUGAGUAGCUGAGCUCACAUGUCUAUAUGAAUUUCUGAAGUUUUCUAGUGAGCCAGUACAUAGAUACAUUUAUCAGUGAAUUGUUACAUUUGGUAUCGUCCAGCAAAGGUCCCUUGAAUAGAUAGGAAGAAACUGUCAUGGGGUAUUUUGUGGGGACAAAUCACAAAUGUCACUAAAGCGAUUGUGCUGGUUUUGGUAGUGGGCUGCAUGUGCAUGAUAUCUGCUGGAGGGGCAACCCCCCCAACCUAUACAUAAAUUCCUGCAACAGUUUGGAAUAGAGGUAAAUUACCCUGGCUUAAGUUAGGCCAGUUUCCUGUAGUUUUGGAUUGCUUUACAGAGAUAGGAUGAAGGUAGGGAUGUGUGUAUUUUCUUGAGUGGGUUGAAAAUAAAUGAGUGCAUUCAGUAGAGAAUGGUACAAGGAGAAAGGGCUAAUAAUACUUUUCUCCUGUGUUAUUUUUGUAUACGUUAUACAGGGUGAGUCUUUUAAAAGAGGCCCCGUGGAACAUGUGUGCUCUGUAUCCAUGGGGCCGCUUUUAAAGGACUCACCCUGUAUAAUAUUUUAGUCUAGGGUAGGGGUAGACAACCUAAGGCUCGUGGGCUGGAUGCGGCCCAAUUGCCUUCUCAAUCCGGCCCGCAGACAGUCCAGGAAUCAGCUUGUUUUUACAUGAGUAGAAUGUGUGCUUUUAUUUAAAAUGCAUCUCUGGGUUAUUUGUGGGGCAUACGAAUUCAUUCACCCCCCCCAAAUAUAGUCCAGCCCACCACAUGGUCUGAGGGACGGUGGACCUCCCCAUAGCUGAAAAAGGUUGCUGACCCUGGCCUAGGGGGCCAAAUCAUAUCACUGGUCCUGUCACAAGCCCCUUCACUAAUUAGAACCUUCCAGCCUGCUUAAAUGACUUCAUCAUCUUGUCCUUUCUACAUGUCACUAACCCUCAACUUGUUCACCAAACCCACAUUCCUGACUGAGUUAGGUCAGGAGCAUACCUUUCAUUCUUCACUCUUAUUACUUUGAGGCUGGGUGCAUCCAGGAAUGUUAUAUAUCCAGGAAUGUUAUACUGCAGGAAUGUUAUACUGUCACUGGCAACAGGAACAUUCCACUUUUGACAUUGUUGUUCAUCUCCCCCCCGGGGGGGCAGGGAAGACAAGCAUUAACACCUCCCAGAGUGCCCCAGCUCUAACUGAGUUGUGGUGGUGGUGGAAGUGGAGGGGUGGGCGCAGUGGCAUGGGAGGCAGGGAGUAGCGUAUUCUCAGGUGGCAAAAUGGUAUGGGCUGCCCUUGGUACUUAGUACCCUUAAGAAAAUGGUGGUGUGUGCACUCCUGAAAGAACUCUCCCUACAUGCAGAGAUUGUGAACUACUGUCCAGUUGCUAGUGUUCCCUUUUUGGGAAAGAUGCAUAAGAGGGUGGUGGUUCAGCUGAAGGUGCUCUUUAGAUCCAUGUCAAUCUGGGUUUAGGACUGGUUUUGGAACUGAAUCAGCCUUGAUCGCCCUGAUGGAUCACCUUUAUCAGAAGAUGGAUGCAAAGUGUGACUCUGUUGCUUUAACUCAGCCUCUCAUUGGCUUUUGAGGCCAUCAGCCAUCAUAAUUUGCUGGACCAGCUCUGUGGAUUUGGAAGGCAGUGUUUUGCAGUGGUUCCACUCCUAUCUGUGGAGCUGGUCUUGGAGGGUGGCAUCAGGUGACUAUUCCCUGGCAAUUGUGUUGUGGGGUGUGACAGGAUGCAGGGGGUGGUCCCUGUCUGCUUGAAGGAGGCAGUGGUGAAUCCACUCCUCAAGAAACCCUCCUUAGAUUCAGAAAAUCUAACUAAUUACUGGCCCGUUGCUAAUCUCCCCUUCUUGGGCAAGGUUCAUGAGCAUGGGUUGUGGACCAGAUGCAGGCACUCAGUUGGGGUUUAGGUCCAGUUUGGGCACAGAAACUGCUUUGGUUGCCCUGUAUGAUAACCUCCGUUGGGAGAGGGAUGGGAAAUGUGUCCCUGUUAAUUCUCCUCACCUCUGCGGCUUUCGAUACCAUUGACCAUGGUAUUCUUCUGGAGUGACUGUCCAAGUUAGGUGGAUGACACUGUUUUGCGGUGGUUCCAGUCCUACUUCGAUGGACACGUCCUGAGGGUUAUGGUUGGGGAGUGUUCUUCAGCCCUAUGGAGCCUUCAAUGUGGGGUUCCUCAGGGUUCAAUUUUAUCCCAUAUGCUGUUUAACAUCUACAUUAAAUGGCUGAGUGAGGUUAUCUGGGCAGGUGGGAGUAUGUUGUCAGCAAUAUGCUGAUGACGCACAGCUCUGCUUCUCCUUUACAUUUGCAGGUGUGGCAGUGGAUGUUCUGGACCACUGUCUUGCCUUGGUAGUAGACUGGAUGAGAGCCAACAAACUGAAGCUCAAUCCAGAUAAAACUGAGAGACUGUUAGGGGGCAGUUCCCUAGACUGGUUGAAUGGGAGGUUGUCUGCUCUUAUGCUCCCUCUGAAGCAGUGGGUACACAGCUUGAGGGUACUUAGAUCUAUGGAGGAAGGGUGAUAUACUAAAUGAAUGAAUGCAAAAUAAUAAUAAUAAUAUAAUAAUGUCCCACCAUUCUUUGUUCUUUCAAACGAAGGAGCAACAUAUUACUUACCUGGGAAACCCAGCCAGAUGAGUGGGGUAUGUAUGUAUGUAUGUAUGUAUGUAUAAAUAAAUAAAUAAGCAAGCAAGCAGCCUGAAAAAUUGCUGCUUGCCAUGCUACUUUAAAUUGAUUAACAGACAAAUGCACAAAUUUUCCUUCUCUAAAGUGCCCCCCAUCACCCCAUUUUCGAUACCAGAUUUUCUUCUUAAAUUCUUUCUGCUUCUAUUCCCUUAUCAGUUUAG